AUGAAACUGAACGCAGUAGUUAUUCUGACUGCCGUCUCUUUGGCCACCGCGGCUCCUCUUACUCCACGUUCCGCCUGUCGCGCGAAGAACCAACCAGCGACCCCUGUCCGUGGAGCUUGCAAGGCAACCCGGCAACCACAUGCUCCUGCAGUUCAUCCUAUCCCCGUUAAAGGAGGCAAUGGCGACAUCUCCCUAAAAGAUGUCGGUAACGGCAAUGGCAACAACAACGGUGUGCUCAACAAUGAUAUCAAUGGAAACAACAUUGAUAUCUCGCCCAGUCUUUCUCUGGGUCACUCUGGAAAGCCUGCUCCUAAAGACGGUGCUGACAAGGAUGCCGUCAACAAGGACAGCGGCGACAAGGACGAGAACAGCGGCGACAAGGGCGAAGCUCCUGCACCUGGGGCUCCCAAGGAACAGGAAAAGGAGUGUCCUUGCGCCGCUGACAAGGCUCACCUCGAACUCGAUGGUGUUGGCAACAGUAACGGGAAUCAGAACGGCGUCUUAAACGGCAUAGCAAAUGGGAACUCCAUUAAGUUCUCGCCUUCUAUCAGCCUGUGA